CAUACUCUGGGCGGGACUGCGGUUGGUCGGAGAAGCGGAAUACAUGGGCGAGCUGGAGGGAGUGCAGGCAUUUGCGUUCAGAACCCGCGUUUUACCUGGAUUCAGUUGUGAUCAAGAUUGUGUUUAAGCCACGGGAUGUACAGACAGCCAUUUGAUGACGGAUUGCAGUGAAACGUAGGGAUCUGGAAGGCAGAUAAAUCAACGUGCGAGAAACGAAUACAGUAUUACCAGUGGAUCGCUGCGUAGCCAGCUGUCGACAACCAUAUCAACUCCGUUUUCCUCGUCUUGAUUUGGUCGGGGUGUAUUUUGGUGUGAUUGCAAGGUUAAACGUCAGUGCGUCUGGGAUACAAUAGCUGCUUGGUCGUGUCACUGUCAUUUGUCAAACCGCUGGCUGCGAUAAUAGGCCUUUGCCUUUUUAGUAAAUCACUUUUUUUUAUCAUUCCGAAAAACAAGUUAUACAACAGGCAGGUGUAUUUACUUGCAUUAUCUUGCUAGGUCCUAAAGCCCGUCGGGUUGCUGCCACAGCGCUGUUUAGAGGGUCCAGAUGGUUCACUUUGUGUCGGUUUCCAAAUUAUUUAAAACCAUGGAAAUGAAUUUGUUAGAACAAGGCUGAAUAAGAAAAUUGUUUUUUCCCCCCGGCGUACUCGUGCAUUAUACAUUCGGCCAGACAGCUUGAUACCUAGCUGGCUAGUUCAGUUAGCUAGGGAUCGUAGCAAUCGAAUAACAGUCCUGGUAUUCCAGUUGUUAGCGGACGUUCAUUUUUAACAGCGACUUCGGGACUUUGCACGAUAAUAUAACACUGUUUAGCUGCACCACGGAGCAGCAGCCGUGAGUGAUGGUCGUGAAUACUAUCCACUGGUUCAGGAAAGGACUGCGUCUGCAUGACAAUCCUUCGCUGAGGGAAUCGAUCCAGGGGGCGGAUACUGUGCGAUGCGUCUACAUUCUGGAUCCCUGGUUCGCUGGAUCGUCCAACGUGGGGAUUAGCAGGUGGAGGUUUCUGCUGCAGUGUCUGGAAGAUUUGGACGCCAGCCUGCGCAAGCUGAGCUCUCGCCUGUUCGUGAUUCGGGGCCAGCCAACCGAUGUCUUCCCCAGACUGUUUAAGGAAUGGAAGAUCAGCCGCCUGUCGUACGAGUACGACUCCGAGCCCUUCGGGAAGGAGCGCGACGCCGCCAUCAGGAAGCUGGCCAGCGAGGCGGACGUGGAGGUCAUGGUGCGAACCUCUCACACGCUCUACGACCUGGACAAGAUCAUUGAGCUGAACGGAGGCCAGUCGCCGCUGACCUACAAGCGCUUCCAGACGGUGAUCAGCCGCAUGGCUGCCGUGGAAACGCCGGCCGAGGCCAUCACUGCCAAGGUCAUUGGGCGGUGCUCGACCCCCAUCGCCGACGACCACGACGACAAGUUUGGAGUACCGUCCCUGGAGGAGCUGGGAUUCGACACGGAGGGGCUGGCCACAGCCGUGUGGCCCGGGGGCGAGACGGAGGCUCUGACUCGUCUGGAGAGACACCUGGAGAGGAAGGCGUGGGUGGCGAACUUCGAGAGGCCGCGCAUGAACGCCAACUCUCUGCUGGCGAGCCCCACGGGCCUGAGCCCCUACCUGCGAUUCGGCUGCCUGUCCUGCCGCCUCUUCUACCUGAAGCUCACCGACCUCUACAAGAAGGUCAAGCGAAACAGCUCGCCCCCCCUGUCCCUGUACGGCCAGCUGCUCUGGCGCGAGUUCUUCUACACGGCCGCCACCAACAACCCGCGCUUCGACAAGAUGGAGGGCAACCCCAUCUGCGUGCAGAUCCCCUGGGACCGCAACCCCGAGGCGCUGGCCAAGUGGGCCGAGGCCAAGACCGGCUUCCCCUGGAUCGACGCCAUCAUGACCCAGCUGCGGCAGGAGGGCUGGAUCCACCACCUGGCCCGGCACGCCGUGGCCUGCUUCCUGACCAGGGGGGACCUGUGGAUCAGCUGGGAGGAGGGCAUGAAGGUGUUUGAGGAGCUGCUGCUGGACGCAGACUGGAGCGUGAACGCGGGCAGCUGGAUGUGGCUCUCCUGCAGCUCCUUCUUCCAGCAGUUCUUCCACUGCUACUGCCCCGUGGGCUUCGGCCGCCGCACCGACCCCAACGGAGACUACAUCAGGCGCUACCUGCCCAUCCUGAGAGGCUUUCCCGCCAAAUACAUCUACGACCCCUGGAACGCGCCGGAGAGCGUGCAGAAGGCGGCCAAGUGCAUGAUCGGGGUGCACUACCCCCGACCCAUGGUGCACCACGCCGAGGCCAGCCGGCUCAACAUCGAGCGCAUGCGGCAGAUCUACCAGCAGCUGUCCUGCUACCGGGGCCUGGGUCUCCUAGCAACCGUGCCGUCCAAUCCCGGCGGGAACGAGGGAGCGGCAGCCAUGGGAGCCUGUUCCGCCGAAGGGCCACACGAGGGCGCCACUGCCGCCGGGUACCAGCUCUCUGUGACCCCUCAGAUCGACUGGAACACCGGAGUGCACCCGUACCCCCCCAAAGAGUUCCAGUCCAGCGGCAGCACACAGCAGCAAGGAUUCACUGGGGGAGGCAGCAGCCUGGUCUGCUACAGGCAGGAGUCUCAGCAGACUCUCACUGCACCGCAAGGUCUCAGCGGCAUCCUGAGCACAGGAAAGCGCCACAGUGAGGACGCCCCCCCCAGCGUCAGCUCCAAGGUCCAGAGACAGAACAGCAACUAGCCCACCAGGGGACCUGCAGGACCAGAGCCCGGAGCUCAGUGCUGUUAUCAGCAUUUUGUCCUUUAUCUGUUUUUGGUGGGGGGAUAACCACGACAACCACACGCCCCAUCCUCUCUGUGAGCACCACACACACCAUCUGUGAGCACAGUUCCACAUGUGUAAUGUUCUCAGCUGUAUUUUAUUACUGCAAACCAGUGUGUAAAUAAAGUGUUUGAUUUAUCUGCUUCAUACUCAGAAUGUAAAUAUUUGAUAUUAUCACGUGUUUAGUUAUAGACCAUUUAUAUAUUUUUGAUAUUAAAUGUAUGAUACAUUGCAGAUGGAUUUUUGUCCAGUUUGAGAGUAGUCUAGCUGUGUUGGCCUCAGUGUCUCUCCCCUCAGGCUGAGCUCCAGUCUCACUCCACUGCCUGAUGUCUGAGAUUAGGGAGUAAAGUCGGUUUUGAGCACAAACUAUCUGGAGCCAUUUAUUUGCCAUCGGAACCUCUGGAGUUCCAAAUUCCAUUUGCAGCCAUUAUACUCUGCAGAGCCCUCCCCUCCCCUCCCCUCCCCCUCCCCCUCCCCCCUCCCCCCUCUUUGUUCAUCUGGCUUUUGCACAGCUUUGUUACCGUUAUGUGCUACACCACAGUGUAACUGAUUGUAUAGUGCUUCUUGUCUUUUUGGAUUGUGCUUGUUUAAAUAAAUAUAUGGGUUAAUACA